AUGCAAAGUACAUGGGGCUGCCCUAAUUUUUUUGCGUGUUCGUUUGGGAGCAAGUAGAAGGCGAGGUUGAAGAUGACUGCGCCAGACUUUGUAGCUUCCUCUUCCCAAGUGAAGGUGAAGAAGAAAAAGCAGAAGAUUGCCGCAGUUUCUAAUUCCGGCAUUGAUCUGAAGUCCAUUAUCCAUGGGCAUGCUUUGUUCUUUGACAAGUUAGUGGAACUUAUCCCAGCGAGGUUCUACUUACCUACUGAUGAAAAAGAAAAACCUUGGUUUCAGGGCCUUAGCAAGACGGAAAAGGCAACGGCUAAGAAGGAAUCAAAGGAAAACCUUAAGAAAGUACGAAGAGAUCGUAUGGAUCCGGAAAAGUCUUCUAAAUCAACCCUUGAUUUGCUUAAAGAAAGCUUAGAAAAUGAAAAGUUGAAAAAUGAGAGUGAUGAUGAUGAAGAGGGUGUUAAGCCAAUGGCAUCUGGGUUGGGUGGUGACGACCGGUCAGUGACAUAUGAAGAACUUAGACAACGGCUUCGUCGAAAAAUUGAGGAGUUCCGGGGGAAUAGAAAUACAGGAUGUUCAAACAGGGAAAAGAAGAGAAAUGAAAGAAACGAGAGAAGGGAACUUUUCCAGAAGAAGCGCAAGAGAGAAAGUGAGUCUGAGGACAAGAAAUUAGACACUACCCAGUCGAGGGUCGAAAUGGAGAGGAAUGUAGAGGAGGCCACCAAAGAACUUGCGUUUGGUCAUGUUAAACUAGGAACUGAAGAAGAGGACGGCAAGAAUAAGAAGAGAAAACUCUCCAAGCUGAAGGAGCUUGAAAAGGCAAAAAAGUUGGAUGAAGCAAAGAAGGACCCUGAAACGGGCGAGAUAAUAUUGAAGAAGCAUUCUUGGAAAGCAGCAACAAGUAGAGCUGCUGGGGUUAAAGUUCAUGAUGAUCCUCAGCGUCUGAUGAAGAGCUUACGGAAAGAAAAGAAACAGCAACUGAAGAGUAUUGAGAAAUGGAAAGGAAGGAUUGAAACCACCCAAAAGAUGAAAUCAGAAAGACAACAAAAGAGAUCAGGAAACAUAGCUCAGAAAAUCCAUGAUAAGAAGAUGAAACGUAUUGCCAAGAGGGAGAAGAAACUUAUGCGCCCUGGGUUCGAAGGUCGCAAGGAAGGUUUUAUCAACGAAAGCACCGGAUAAAAAGUGGAGAAGUAAGUGCAACCUUUACAAUUUCUCUCCCAGUUUUGCUCUCUAGCUUUGAGGUUGGAAAUGAAAUUUGUUGAUUUAUUCACAUCCUUGAUAACCUUCGCCUCAUAUAUAUGUUUGGGAACGUCAUUUUAACAUCAAAAUCUGCGGACCCAAUUCAUCAAUCAAAUCAGUUACCACCCUAGUUUGAAACUUCCCUUGAUCAGCAUCAGGUUAAAGAUUAUUAGUUCGAGAAUGUAUUGUCUUUGGCAGUGUUCGUAUUUAGUUCACAAAUUACCAAGCAAUGCUCGUUUGAGUAGUACUUAGUACACAAAUUUUUGUCUAAUAUGUAGUUCUCUUACAACCAAAAUUUAGACUAGCCAGUGUUCUUAGUUUUAAAGUUCGAUUGGUCUAUGUAUGGGACCGAUAAAUGGGCUUCAUGAUUAUGAUUUUA